UUUUAUUUUGAAGGAUGCGCUUUCAGACAGGAAGUUACUAACUAUUGGAUUGGAAUGUUUGGUAAUCGUUUACUUCUUGUCCAACUUGAAUAAGACACAAGUGGAAAUGUCUUUCUGUUCCUUCUUCGGACGAGAGGCUUUUGCGGACCAUUUCAAACCAGGGAUUUACGCAUGUGCCAAAUGUGGCCACCAGCUAUUCUCCAGCCACUCCAAGUUUGAGCACUCAUCUCCCUGGCCAGCCUUCACGGAGACCAUCCACCAAGACAGCGUGUCCAAACAUCAGGAGAGAUCUGGAGCUUUCAAGGUGUCGUGUGGGAAGUGUGGAAAUGGCCUCGGCCAUGAGUUUGUCAACGACGGGCCCGCUAAAGGGGUGUCUCGCUUCUGAAUAUUCAGCAGCUCACUGAAGUUCGUCCCGAAAGCAAAAGUGGUCUCUCUCCACAGAUAAGGUUGAUGGACAGUAAAGUGAGCCUUCAAGAGGAAGUGCUGUUACCCCUGCCGAUGUUUCUGUAUGCUGCUAAGUGGUGGACAAUGAAUGAAGUGCUCUGGAGGAAAAGCCCGUCAUGGGAGCACCAGAGUUCUGAUGGACAAUGCUCACACUACACGGCAGCAACAGGAAAAUAAUACAAAUACAAGAUAAGAUAGGAUGCAUAAUGGAGACUCUGGAUCACUCAUCAACAUUUUACAGUAUCAUUAGUUCACAGCUUUUACAUUGGUUUCUCAGUAAUUUAUUGUCUUCAAUGCCAUAAUUUAAACAAUUAUUCAUCCUUCUCAGGAAUUAAAGUGUUCGUACAAUGCUGCUUGUAGUUCUAGAAUACAGGAUAUGUGGAAAAAAUAGUAAGAAGCAGCAUGUAUAGUAAUAUUUUUAAACAUUUAUUGGACCUUACUUGAUGAGAAUAUAAGAUAGCAACAUAUUCUAGUUAUCA